GCGCCCGAGCUGGCCAUGGCGGCCGCGGUGUCCGGUGUGGUGAGGCGGGUGGAAGAGCUCGGGGACCUGGCUCAGGCUCACAUACAGCACCUUAGCGAAGCCGCGGGGGAAGACGAUCACUUUUUAAUUCGGGCCUCUGCAGCUCUAGAAAAAUUGAAACUUUUAUGUGGAGAAGAGAAGGAAUGUUCAAAUCCAUCCAAUCUUUUGGAACUAUACACACAGGCCAUAUUGGACAUGACAUAUUUUGAGGAGAAUAAGCUAGUAGAUGAGGAUUUUCCUGAGGACUGUUCGCCACAGAAAGUAAAAGAGCUGCUCGCUUUUCUUUCAGAACCAGAAAUUUUAGCUAAAGAAAACAAUAUGCAUCCCAAACUGUGUGAUUUGCUUGGGGAUGAGCUGCUGGAGUGCCUGUCUUGGAGACGAGGGGCCCUGUUGUAUAUGUAUUGUCAUUCUUUGACUAAGAGAAGGGAGUGGCUCCUGAGAAAAUCUAAUUUGCUUCAAAAGUACCUUGUUGAUGGGAUCAAUUACUUGCUACAGAUGCUAAAUUAUCGAUGUCCUGUCCAGUUAAAUGAAGGUGUUUCUUUCCAAGACCUAGACACAGCUAAGUUACUAAGUACAGGAAUAUUUAGUGAUAUUCAUGUGCUGGCUAUGAUGUACAGUGGAGAAAUGUGCUACUGGGGAUUAAAGCAUUGCACAGAUCAACAGUCAGAAAAUCAUGAAGUUGAUACUGAUGGCUUUGGAGCAAGCUGCACAACACACAAAGAACCCUUGGAUUUCCGAGAAGUAGGAGAAAAAAUCUUGAAGAAGUAUGUGUCGGUGUGUGAAGGACCUCUGAGAGAGCAAGAGUGGAACACUGCCAACGCAAAGCAGAUCUUAAGCUUCUUUCAGCAGCGCUGUAGCUAGGUUUGCAUCAAGGUCUCAGCUCGAAAGAUUGCUGAAGUGGGAAAGAAGGCUUCGACAAAGAAAAUGUACUACACUGAUCUUGAGACUGUUACACUACAUAAAGAUGCCCAGUGUGGCUGCGCUUCUCUAAUGCUCACCUUUCCCUGUGUAGUCUUAGGUCUGUGAAGACAGUAUUCUCUAAUGGCAUAUAUGCCAUUCUAACUGAACUUGAACGACAUGUAAACCUGCCACUGGUAAGGAGGAACCCAAUGUAGAUGGACAGUUGUUUUCUAAUAUUUUAGGUUAUAUUUUUUAUUGUACUAAAAUAUAUGUAACGUGAAAUCUCCUUAUUUUGAAGUAUGCAUUCUUCAAAGAUGGAAAUCAGUUUUUCUCCUUGUUUCAAAUAUAUAGUAUAGAUAUAAA